AUGUCCGGUUUAUCAGCCUACGCGGCAGAUCCGGGUGAGCUUGAACUCGAGCCGCUGCUGGUGCGUGAACCGGAACGUCGCGAAGUUGAGGUCGACGACCUCGACAGUGAAGAUUUUGAGAUCGGCGUAUUCAGCGGCGUGAUGAAUGUUGAAGACUUUGGCUCUGAUACGGUGACCGGUAUCCGCGCCGCAUAUCACGUGACUGAAGACUUUUUCGUCGAAGCUGUAUACGGAAAAACCACGCUCGGACAAACCAGUUUUGAGUUGCUCAGCGGUGGCGCACCGCUCUUGUCAGAUGAUGAGCGCGAUAUGCAGUAUUACAACGUUUCUCUGGGCUGGAACAUUUUUCCAGGUGAGGCGUUUGUCGGUCGCAGAUGGGCUUUUAAAGGCAGUCUCUACGUUAUAGCUGGCGCCGGCAGCACCGAAUUUGGCGGAGACGAUCGUUUCACCAUCAAUGCGGGGGUCGGAUACCGCCUGAUCGCAACUGACUGGCUGGCUUUCCAUGUUGAUGUGCGCGAUCACUUUUUCGAGUCAGAUCUGUUGGGCACCAUGGAAAACAAGCACAACAUUGAAUUCAGCGGCGGCCUGACGCUCGCGAAGGUGCGCGUGGGGCCGAAGGUGGCUCUGGUGGCGGCUGUGGCUACUCUGCUGGGUAUGAUUCUGCUUGCCGCUUUCGCUGGCGUCAGUGUCGCUGCGGUGCUGCCUGAAGAUCGUUCAGACAUCAUGUACCACGGUUAUGAAGGUGGCGGUCUCCAGGUUGAUGGCCCAUCGGUGCUGGUGCGCAAAGGUUACAAAGACAAAGUCUCCGUCUGGGCAAAUUAUUACGUUGAUAUGAUCACCAGCGCUUCGAUAGACGUCGUCUCAACGGCCAGUGAAUACACCGAAGAACGUAAAGAAAAAAGUCUCGGGCUGGAUUAUCUGCACGGCAAAACCUUUAUGGGUCUGUCGUACACCAAUUCCGAAGAGUCUGACUAUUCUGCUCACAGCUGGCGUUUUGGUAUCAGCCAGGACUUUUUUGGCGACCUGACCACGUUAGGUGUGAGCUACGCACGAGGUGCUGACACGGUACGUCGCAACGGUGAUCUGAAUUUUGAAGAGGAGACCGAUCGACAGACCUAUCGUGUCGACCUUACCCAGGUGAUUACCAAAAACAUGCUGAUCAGCAUGAACUACGAAGGGGUCACCGAUGAGGGUUUCCUUAACAACCCCUAUCGACAGGUACGUUAUCUGGAUCCUAACGAAGCGCGUGGUUAUGGUUAUGAACUGGAAGUUUAUCCACGCACCCGUACGAGUAGCGCGCAGGCGAUACGCGCCAUGUACUUCCUCCCGUAUCGGGCAGCGCUUAAAUUUGAGUUCCGCAACUAUAGCGAUACCUGGGGCAUUGACGCCUACAACGUUGAGUUGGGUUAUGUGCACCCGAUCGAACGUUAUGGCCUCACGCUCGAGUUGAAGUAUCGACACUAUCAACAGACGGCAGCAGAUUUUUACAGUGAUCUGUUUCCGCGCUCGAAUGCGCAGAAUUUCAUGGCGCGAGACAAAGAACUUGCUGCAUUCCAGACUCAGACAAUUGGUGGCGGCAUCACUUACGAGUUCAAUGCUGACUGGUUGCCAGGGUUCAAACGUGGGUCGGUAAAUCUGUUUAUGGACUACAUCGAUUUUCAGUACGAAGACUUUCGUGACGUCACUCGCACAGGUCUGGCGCCAGGAACGGCCCGCACUGUACGUCGCGUGGCAAUCCUCGGCGAUGACUAUCCAGGCAUGAAGCCGACGAUGGCAGUGGCGGAAGGGGAUGUUGUCGCCAAGGGUGCACUCCUGUUCAGCUGCAAAAAAACCCAGGGUGUCAAUUACACCGCGCCGGCAGCAGGAAAGGUAACCGCGGUUAAUCGCGGUGCCAAGCGGGUUCUGUUGUCGGUUGUUAUUGAACUGGAUCCUAACGGUGAGAGCAUAAAUUUUGGUGCUCACAGUGCAGAGCAGAUUGCUGCCAUGCCCCGUGAAGAAGUGAAUAAGCAACUUGUUGAUAGUGGUCUGUGGACAAGUCUGCGCACACGGCCGUUUGCCAAAGUGCCGGAUCCAUCCACCACGCCGAAAUCUAUUUUUGUCACAGCAAUGGACUCUAAUCCGCUGGCGGCAGAUGCGUCAGUCAUCAUCGCCGAUUAUGCUAACCAGUUUGCUGCAGGCCUGGAUGCAAUAGCGCGUCUGACUGACGGCCCUGUGCAUGUCUGUCACGAGCAGGGUAAAUUCCUGCCGACUGGUAAUUCAGCCCAGAUAACCAAUCACGAGUUCAGCGGCCCCCAUCCCAGCGGCCUGGCUGGCACACAUAUUCACUUCAUUGAUCCUGUCAGUGUGAACAAAACUGUCUGGUAUCUUAACUAUCAGGAUGUCAUCGCUAUUGGCCAUCUGUUUUUAACCGGUGAGAUCAUGAGCGAACGUGUGAUUGCCCUGGGCGGCCCCGGAGCGUCUCAGCCGCGACUGGUGAAAACCCUUGUCGGUGCUGAUCUCGAGGAACUGAGUGCUGGCGAACUGGUUGAUGGAAAUCAACGGGUAAUCUCCGGGUCGGUGUUGUCUGGACGUACGGCUCAAGGUGCGGAGGCUUUUCUGGGUCGCUAUCACCUGCAGGUAUCUGUGUUGCCGGAAAACAAAGAGCGCAAGCUUUUUGGCUACCUCGCGCCCGGCACACGGCGGCACUCGGUCUACCCGGCGUUUCUGUCUAAGUGGUUGGGCGAGCGCGACGUAGAAUUCUCCACGACCACCAACGGCAGCACCCGGGCCAUGGUGCCCAUUGGUACCUAUGACGCCAUCAUGCCGAUGGAUAUUCUGGCAACUCAGUUGCUGCGCAGCUUGCUGGUCGGUGAUAUCGAGACAGCAAUUAAUCUGGGUUGCCUGGAGUUGGACGAAGACGAUGUGGCGUUGUUCACCUACGCCUGUCCGGGUAAAUACGAAUAUGGGCCAGUGCUGCGACAAGCCAUUGAUACUGCAUUAUAUACACCCGGUCAUACGACCCGCGGCGCCUCUCAUGUUCGGGAUGGACUGGACCUGAAACGCAUCAUGAUGACGGUCUGGUUGUGCGCCUGGAUUCCUGCGAUUGUCGGCAGUUACUUUGUAGGUUUGCAGGCUAACGAAGCGAUGCAGGCCGCCGGCUUAACCGCUAUUGAAGGGUGGCGGGGCGCAUUUCUGAACCCUCUGCUGAGUUUUGAUCCAAACAGCAUGAUCGAUUGCCUGAUUCAUGGGUUGGGUUAUUUCAUUCCUUUAUACAUGGUGGUUUUUGCCGCUGGCAUCAUCUUCGAAAUCUGGUUUGCCUCAGUACGUGGGCAUGAGGUCAAUGAAGGCUAUUUUGUGACCUCUAUCCUUUACACGCUGACUUUGCCCGCCGGCAUUCCUCUCUGGAUGGCGGUGAUCGGUAUUGUUUUUGGUGUGGUCAUCGGUAAAGAAGUCUUUGGUGGGACGGGUAAGAAUUUCCUCAACCCGGCGCUCACCGGUCGGGCUUUCCUCUAUUUUGCCUAUCCGGCGGCGAUGUCCGGCGACACCGUCUGGGUGGCGGUAGAUGGGGUAACCCAGGCAACACCUCUGGGUAACGCAGCAUUAGGCCUGGAUUACGGGGUUGAUAUGACGUCCGCGUUUCUGGGCUACAUGCCGGGUACCAUCGGUGGAGAGUCAAUCCUGGCCAUUGGCAUUGCCGCAGCGAUUCUGCUGGCAACCCGCAUUGCUUCCUGGCGCGUCAUGCUGGGUUGCGUUAUUGGUCUUGUCGGUACCGUUGGGUUAUUUAACCUGAUGGACUCAAGCAAUCCGAUGUUUGCAAUGAAUCCCCUCUGGCACCUGGUGCUGGGUGGUUUUGCGUUUGGCGCAGUUUUUAUGGCCACGGACCCGGUUUCGGCGGCCCAUACCAAUCGCGGUCGACUGAUUUACGGCAUCCUCAUUGGCUUUAUGUGUGCGCUCAUCCGCGUGGCGAACCCGGCUUUCCCUGAGGGCAUGAUGCUGGCCAUUUUGUUUGGCAACUUAUUCGCACCGUUAAUCGACAAUGUCGUGGCGAACAAAUUGCUCGACCAGAAACAGAAUAUUCUGCGUGCCGCGGGAUUACUGGCCCAGGACAGCAACGUUGACGCCCAGGGGCGCGACGUUGAUGAGUUGUUUGCUGAAUUUGAUGUGCGCGUUGUGGACCUGGAUACCGGUGAAUAUCGCAGUGAUCUUGAUCCCACCAGCUUUGAUCCGAUUCGCGCUGCAAAAGAUCCUGAUAUGAGUCGGCCGCUGAGCGAUUCAGAAGACCCUGCAACAUUACGUCGGCGGGAAAAUGCAUCCAUUGUCUACAUCAAACUGAACGAAGGCGAGAUUGAUAAAGUAGUUAUUCCUGUUCGCGGGUAUGGGCUGUGGGGCACCUUGUUUGGUUACCUGGCACUGGACUCUGACCUGCAAACCAUAUCCGGUCUGGGGUUUUAUUCGCACAAAGAAACGCCUGGAUUGGGUGGCGAAGUCGACAAUUCCAACUGGAAGGCAAGCUGGCCCGGAACGCAAUUGUACAAUGAUCAAGGCGAGCCAGAUGUGCGCCUGGUGAAAAGACGUUCACCUGCCGGAUCAACAGCGGCAAAUUAUGAAAUAGUCCUGGGUAUCUGUUCAGCGCUUGCAGUGACUAUCAGUAUGUCGCAAACCCUGGUGAUGUGUGCUGCGGUGAUCUUUGUCACCACGAUGUCAAAUGUUGCUGUAUCGCUGGUGCGUAACCGCGUGCCCACAAGUAUCCGGAUCAUUGUGCAGAUGACCAUCAUUGCGUCGCUGGUUAUUGUUGUAGACCAGGUGUUACAGGCUGUGGCCUACGACAUAUCCAAGAGUCUAUCGGUCUUUGUCGGGCUGAUUAUUACUAACUGUAUCGUGAUGGGGCGGGCAGAGGCAUUUGCCAUGCAGAAUGGCCCCUAUCUCUCCGCGUUAGAUGGAUUUGGCAACGCGCUGGGAUAUAGCGUGAUUCUUAUCGGUGUUGCUCUGAUACGCGAACCGCUGGGCUCAGGUACAUUUCUAGGUUACGAAAUUAUGCCAACCAUAAGCAAUGGCGGCUGGUAUUACACCAACGGCAUGCUGCUUUUAUCACCCAGCGCAUUUUUCAUCAUCGGUCUGUUUAUCUGGGCGAUUAGAGCCUGGAAACCAGAGCAGGUAGAAGAAGCUGAAUACGAAAUAGCACCUAACGAGCAGUAUCAGGAGGCGAUCUAA